AUGUUACCACGUCGGAAGGUCAAGUCCAAUAGCGGUAGUCCAAUAAUAAAUAGUUUACCAUUCAAAUUACAUUUACCAGGUUAUCAGUACUGCGGACCUGGGACUAAUUUAGGAAAAAGACUUGCUCUCGGACAGACCGGCAUAAACGGUCUAGAUUCUCCGUGUAGAGACCACGAUAUAGCUUACGAGAAAAGUAAUUCCUUAUCCGAACGUAGUGCGGCCGACAGUAUUUUGGAAGAACGAGCUUGGAGCAGAGUGGGCGCGAAAGACGCUGGUUAUAAGGAAAAAGCUGCCGCGUGGCUUGUAACCACUGGUAUGAAGGCUAAACGUAAAACUGGUGCUGGAUGCGGGUUCGGUAAUAUUGUCGGUGCGUGCAAAAAAGCGAUCAAAAAAUCGAUUAAAACGUGCCCGUCGACGCCGAACAUGAGUAAAUUAAUUAAAUCUGCGGUAUGUGUUGCACGAAAACAUGUGAAAACAAACAAGGGCGUUCGAUCGAGGAAAAAUAAAAAUAAACUACCUCGUGUUAUCAAAGUCCCCAAAAUCGGUGGAGCGCUAGCGUUAAUUCCUAUAUUGGCUGGACUUUCGGCGUUGGGUUCGCUGGCGGGCGGGGUGUCUACAUCGUGA